AUGGCCUCCGAGAGAGCAGUCGAUCGGGAAGAGCGACAGGGCCUUCGUGCCAUUCGCAACUUUCUCAAGGCUCGGAACUCCUACGACGUCCUCCCGCUCAGCUUCCGACUCAUAAUCUUCGAUACGUCGCUUUCCGUGAAGGAGAGUCUGAACAUCCUCAUCCAAAAUGGCAUUGUCUCAGCUCCGUUGUGGGACUCCAAAGCGUCCAAGUUCGCCGGUCUUCUGACCACCUCCGAUUACAUCAAUGUCAUCCAAUACUAUUUCCAGAACCCCGCCGCCCUGGACCAGAUCGACCAAUUUCGCCUAGACAGUCUGCGAGAUGUCGAAAAGGCGCUUGGUGUCGCACCGCCCGAGACCGUCUCCAUCGACCCGGAGCGCCCGCUUUACGAUGCCUGUCGGCGCAUGCUGGAAUCGCGCGCCCGCCGUAUUCCCCUCGUCACCAGCGAUAGUCAGACCGAACGACCCCACGUGCUCAGCGUCAUUACACAAUACCGUAUCCUGAAAUUCGUCGCUGUCAAUGUUCCCGAUACACAGCAGUUGCGUCGCCCACUGGGUGAAUUGCUGCUGGGUUCAUAUGAUAAUGUCGCUACGGCUUCGCUGGACACACCCGUCAUUGAUGUCAUCCACAUUCUGGUGGAGCGCAGCAUAUCCAGCGUCCCAAUUGUCAACUCUGAAGGUGUCGUGUAUAAUGUGUUCGAAUCGGUGGAUGUGGUCACCUUGAUCAAGGGUGGAGUCUAUGAUGACCUGAGCCUCACGGUUGGCGAAGCGUUGAAGAAACGUUCUCCGGGUUUCCCGGGCAUUUACACUUGCUCUCUCAACGAUGGAUUGGACACUAUCUUUGAUACCAUCCGAAAAUCCCGAGUUCACCGUCUCGUCGUUGUGGAUGAACACUUCAAGCUUAAGGGUGUGCUCACUCUGAGUGAUAUCCUGCACUAUAUUCUCCUUGAGGGUGAAAAUGAAGAAGCGUGA